AUGACUUGCGUUUGCCGUCUAAACGAUGAAUUCUUUGAGCAGUUUGCCGAUUGUGUCAAAGACUGCCACACCAUGAAUCAUGUGGGAUUGCCACACAAUGAAGUGGAGUUGCGACGCUUGUAUUGUGAGUUUGCAGACACUUUUUCCUCAAUAUUGAGUGCUGGAACAGAAACAAAGCAAGAAACUUGGCCAACAAAUGGCGUGUUUGGUAUACUGGUUACAAGAGGACACGGGGAACACCCCGAUGGUCAUCAGUAUACUUCUAUUGGCUUUAUUGCUACAAAUUCGGUAGGAUCCACCCUAUUUUCAAAGGGUAUCAUGGAGGAAGCAAGAAAGUCUACAAGAACAGGGACUGACUCAGGGGGCAGAACCGAAAGUGACAUCUUGAUUCCUAGUUUUUUGUAUGCACUUGUGUUUAUAGUGGUAAGUUUUGUGAUGUGA